CAGCAAUUAUGCAAACAACUACACCACACCCACUCCCUCCUUUUAUUUUACUAUUUUGCGACUCCAUCUUUCUUUCUCCUUCCUCUUCCCUGCCCCUUCCGAUUCCGCCAUAACAAACAAAAACGUGCUUCUUUUUUAACAGAUAGAGAGAGAAAAUCAAACAGCAGGCAUAAGUCAGCAUACCCAUUAAUUAAAUAAAUAUAAAGCAAAAAUAUCCUUCAAUUUUAGAAUAGAAUAUACCCAUUCUUCGUCACAGCCAUCCGCACCCAAAAUUCUAUGCCCAUUUUUAUCACAAAACCAAGAACAAAAAGAAAAAAAAAAAUUAAGGGAGAAAAGUUAACGCAGUUUCUUCCAUCACCUGAAAGAAACUCUAUUCAGCUUUCUUCAAUCAAAAAGGUUUCUGUCGUAUAUAGCGUUGAGUGAGAAGUCAUCGGUGUAAUUGUUUAUUUUCAAUCUGUUUUCUGUUUUCCUUUUGAAUUUUGGAGUCAGAUCUAAACUGGGUUAUUGGAAAUCUUAGUUUUUCUGUUUUGGGGUUCAUUGACGGAUUGCAACUGCGUUUUGUUAGAUUCUAAAUUCUGUUUCUUGAUUGCUUUUGUACGGUCUGUGUGACAGAUCUAUGGUAUGAUUUUGCAACCCGCUUUGGAAUUUUGUACAUUCCAUCUGUUGUGAUAUAGUUUUUCUAUACAUAUUAUUAUAUACUGACAAAUAUUACACGAAUAAGAAGAAGGGGGAGAAGGAAAGGAGAUUGAAUGGAUAUUGACGAUUUUCGAUCCAUUCUUGAAAGUUCAGGCGUUGACGUUUGGACUUUCAUAGAAACAGCGAUUAUGGUGGCGUCUUCAGAUUUUGGUUCUGAAUUGAAACGACGAAGAGAUAAGAUUGUUGAAAUGUUAUAUUCAUCAUCUGAUGGUCGGUGCAGAAACUGUGAUUUUGAUGUGGGUAGGAUUAAUGAUGGGCAUGAAAUGAAAGAGAGUAGUCAUGAAGCGAAAGUAGGCGGCGGUGGUGGAAGUGGGUCUCCUUCAACGACACCAAGGUCUAUUCAUGGAGAAGAAGAAGAAGAAGAAGAAGAGGACGAUGAAUUGGAUCCUUAUGGUGGAUUGCUUGAUGAUGAGCAGAAAAAGAUUUUAGAGAUCAAACAAAGCAUUGAAGAUCCGGAUCAGUCUGAAGAUUCUUUGAUUGAUUUGCUUCAAAGUUUAGCAGAUAUGGAUAUUACUUUCAGAGCACUGAAGGAGACUGAUAUUGGAAGACAUGUGAACCGAUUGAGAAAGCAUUCAUCCAAUGAUGUUAGGAAAUUAGUGAAGCAACUUGUCAGGAAAUGGAAAGAAAUUGUAGAUGAAUGGGUCAGAUUGAAUCCGCAAGGAGAGCAUGCAUCCUCUGCUCUAAUGGCUGAUGGGGACUCCCCACAGCAGAAAAUUCCCCAGAAUGGUCAUCACCAGGUUCCUGAUUUUGCAUACUCUCCAAAUCCUCAUAAUGGGAGUUCUGGUUCAGACAAGAAUAAUUCAGAACCAGAACGAAAGCCAAAACCUGUUCCUCGAAAAGAAGCUCCUCCGAGACCUAUCCAACAAUCUGCUUCUGCUUCUCACAAUGCACAGUUGCAGAGACAGAGAGAGCAGCAACAAAGUAAUUUUGAUUCGGAGAGGCUGGCGUCUGCAAGGAAGAGGCUUCAAGAGAAUUACAAAGAAGCCUUAAAUGCCAAGAAGCAAAGAACAAUUCAAGUGAUGGACAUUCAUGAGAUACCAAAACCAAAGAAUACCUUCUUUUCCAAGAAUAAAGGUGGUGCUUCUCAGGGGAGGCACUGGUGACUUUGGCAUUGGGAGAGAUUUCCAAGUCCAAUUUAUCUUUAAUUUUUUUUUUCUUCUUUAAGAUUGUUUUUAAGGAAAAAUGAAAAAAAAAAAAAAAAGAAACAUUUUUUCUCUAAUUUUCCUUAUGGUUAGAAAAGAAAAACUUUAACAUUCUCUUUGUUAGCAAAAGAGUUCUGAGGUUCUUACUGGCAAGUCCACUAAAUAGGUGUGAAUAUUUGCCUUACUAAAGCAUAAUUUUCUUAGGUCAUUUCCUUCCAUAAAUAGCAAUUUCUUCAAUGAUUUAAGAUUAGAUGGGAUGGGAUGGGGAUAAGGAUAAUCAGCAGUUAGCCAAUGCUCAAUGCCUAUUGCGAUAUAGAAUGGUCAAAGUUUUGGGGUGUGUAGGUCCAUUUGGGUGUCGUGGUAGGCUGUGGUUGGGAGAAUAGAUGGUGUCAAAAUUGAUUUGCAUAAAAAGUUUUCUAAUUUUAUUUUCAUAAAA